AGUCAGGCGCUGGCUGCAAUCACACCCGAGCGCCAGCCCCCUCCAGCAUCCCUGAGUCCCAGAGGAGAUCGCCGAAGCGCUGGAAAAGCCGUUCCGCCCACGACUUCUGGUGCCGGGUCGGCGGCGACUUGGGGAGCCCAGUUCCGAGACCGUACCGCACCCACUGCGGACCUCCUGGGCCCUACAUAGUAGGCGGGUCAUGCAGGGCAGCGGGAGGAGGGGCGUGGGAGAGCCAAGGCCGCCGAGUCCCCGCUGUUCAGCCAGCAGGAGCGCCCCGCAGCCCUCCCGGGACACGGUGGACACGCUUGUCCCAGACCCGGGCGCCCUCCUGCCGGGAGCCAGGACUGGCCGCAGCAGGCGCUGUCCGGGCCCGUGGCCGGGGUUUCGGGAGGGGGCGGAGCCAGGCCCACGGCCGGUGUCAGGUUGCUCCGGUAACGGUGACGUUUCGCGGCGUGGGCGGGGCCAGCACGCAGGUUGCAUAUUUUAGGAAGUGAGGAGGAGGCGCGGGCUGGAGCUGCGGCGGGGUCUGGGGCGCAGAGCAGCGGCGGGAGGAGGCGGACACGUGGCAACAGCGGUAGCAGCCCGGGCGGCGGCAGCAACAGCGGCGGCGGCAUCGGCCCGAGCCGCCGGCCGCCCUCCCUCCCUCCCGCCCCGCGGCAGCCCUAGCUCCCUCCACUUGGCUCCCCCGGUCCCGCUCGCUCGGCCGGGAGCUGCUCUGUGCUUUUCUCUCUGAUUCUCCAGCGACAGGACCCGGCGCCGGGCACUGAGCACCGCCACCAUGGGGAAGGGGGUUGGACGUGAUAAGUAUGAGCCUGCAGCUGUUUCAGAACAAGGUGAUAAAAAGGGCAAAAAGGGCAAAAAAGACAGGGACAUGGAUGAACUGAAGAAAGAAGUUUCUAUGGAUGAUCAUAAACUUAGCCUUGAUGAACUUCAUCGUAAAUAUGGAACAGACUUGAGCCGGGGAUUAACAUCUGCUCGUGCAGCUGAGAUCCUGGCGCGAGAUGGUCCCAACGCCCUCACUCCCCCUCCCACUACUCCUGAAUGGAUCAAGUUUUGUCGGCAGCUCUUUGGGGGGUUCUCAAUGUUACUGUGGAUUGGAGCGAUUCUUUGUUUCUUGGCUUAUAGCAUCCAAGCUGCUACAGAAGAGGAACCUCAAAACGAUAAUCUGUACCUGGGUGUGGUGCUAUCAGCCGUUGUAAUCAUAACUGGUUGCUUCUCCUACUAUCAAGAAGCUAAAAGUUCAAAGAUCAUGGAAUCCUUCAAAAACAUGGUCCCUCAGCAAGCCCUUGUGAUUCGAAAUGGUGAGAAAAUGAGCAUAAAUGCGGAGGAAGUUGUGGUUGGGGAUCUGGUGGAAGUAAAAGGAGGAGACCGAAUUCCUGCUGACCUCAGAAUCAUAUCUGCAAAUGGCUGCAAGGUGGAUAACUCCUCGCUCACUGGUGAAUCAGAACCCCAGACUAGGUCUCCAGAUUUCACAAAUGAAAACCCCCUGGAGACGAGGAACAUUGCCUUCUUUUCAACCAAUUGUGUUGAAGGCACUGCACGUGGUAUUGUUGUCUACACUGGGGAUCGCACUGUGAUGGGAAGAAUUGCCACACUUGCUUCUGGGCUGGAAGGAGGCCAGACCCCCAUUGCUGCAGAAAUUGAACAUUUUAUCCACAUCAUCACGGGUGUGGCUGUGUUCCUGGGUGUGUCUUUCUUCAUCCUUUCUCUCAUCCUUGAGUACACCUGGCUUGAGGCUGUCAUCUUCCUCAUCGGUAUCAUCGUAGCCAAUGUGCCGGAAGGUUUGCUGGCCACUGUCACGGUCUGUCUGACACUUACUGCCAAACGCAUGGCAAGGAAAAACUGCUUAGUGAAGAACUUAGAAGCUGUGGAGACCUUGGGGUCCACGUCCACCAUCUGCUCAGAUAAAACUGGAACUCUGACUCAGAACCGGAUGACAGUGGCCCACAUGUGGUUUGACAAUCAAAUCCAUGAAGCUGAUACGACAGAGAAUCAGAGUGGUGUCUCUUUUGACAAGACUUCAGCUACCUGGCUUGCUCUGUCCAGAAUUGCAGGUCUUUGUAACAGGGCAGUGUUUCAGGCUAACCAGGAAAACCUACCUAUUCUUAAGCGGGCAGUUGCAGGAGAUGCCUCUGAGUCAGCACUCUUAAAGUGCAUAGAGCUGUGCUGUGGUUCCGUGAAGGAGAUGAGAGAAAGAUACACCAAAAUCGUCGAGAUACCCUUCAACUCCACCAACAAGUACCAGUUGUCUAUUCAUAAGAACCCCAACACAUCAGAGCCCCGACACCUGUUGGUGAUGAAGGGCGCCCCAGAAAGGAUCCUAGACCGUUGCAGCUCUAUCCUCCUCCACGGCAAGGAGCAGCCCCUGGAUGAGGAGCUGAAAGACGCCUUUCAGAAUGCCUAUUUGGAGCUGGGGGGCCUCGGAGAACGAGUCCUAGGUUUCUGCCACCUCUUUCUGCCAGAUGAACAGUUUCCUGAAGGGUUCCAGUUUGACACUGACGAUGUGAAUUUCCCUAUCGAUAAUCUGUGCUUUGUUGGGCUCAUCUCCAUGAUUGACCCUCCACGGGCGGCCGUUCCUGAUGCCGUGGGCAAAUGUCGAAGUGCUGGAAUUAAGGUCAUCAUGGUCACAGGAGACCAUCCAAUCACAGCUAAAGCUAUUGCCAAAGGUGUGGGCAUCAUCUCAGAAGGCAAUGAGACCGUAGAAGACAUUGCUGCCCGCCUCAACAUCCCAGUCAGCCAGGUGAACCCCAGGGAUGCCAAGGCCUGCGUAGUACAUGGCAGUGAUCUAAAGGACAUGACCUCCGAGCAGCUGGAUGACAUUUUGAAGUACCACACUGAGAUAGUGUUUGCCAGGACCUCCCCUCAGCAGAAGCUCAUCAUUGUGGAAGGCUGCCAGAGACAGGGUGCUAUCGUGGCUGUGACUGGUGACGGUGUGAAUGACUCUCCAGCUUUGAAGAAAGCAGACAUUGGGGUUGCUAUGGGGAUUGCUGGCUCAGAUGUGUCCAAGCAAGCUGCUGACAUGAUUCUUUUGGAUGACAACUUUGCGUCAAUUGUGACUGGAGUAGAGGAAGGUCGUCUGAUCUUUGAUAACUUGAAGAAAUCCAUUGCUUAUACCUUAACCAGUAACAUUCCCGAGAUCACCCCGUUCCUGAUAUUUAUUAUUGCAAACAUUCCACUACCACUGGGGACUGUCACCAUCCUCUGCAUUGACUUGGGCACUGACAUGGUUCCUGCCAUCUCCCUGGCUUAUGAGCAGGCUGAGAGUGACAUCAUGAAGAGACAGCCCAGAAAUCCCAAAACAGACAAACUUGUGAAUGAGCGGCUGAUCAGCAUGGCCUAUGGGCAGAUUGGUAUGAUCCAGGCCCUGGGAGGCUUCUUUACUUACUUUGUGAUUCUGGCUGAGAACGGCUUCCUCCCACUUCACCUGUUGGGCCUCCGAGUGGACUGGGAUGACCGCUGGAUCAACGAUGUGGAAGACAGCUACGGGCAGCAGUGGACCUAUGAGCAGAGGAAAAUCGUGGAGUUCACCUGCCACACAGCCUUCUUCGUCAGUAUCGUGGUGGUGCAGUGGGCCGACUUGGUCAUCUGUAAGACCAGGAGGAAUUCGGUCUUCCAGCAGGGGAUGAAGAACAAGAUCUUGAUAUUUGGCCUCUUUGAAGAGACGGCCCUGGCUGCUUUCCUUUCCUACUGCCCUGGAAUGGGUGUUGCUCUUAGGAUGUAUCCCCUCAAACCUACCUGGUGGUUCUGUGCCUUCCCCUACUCUCUUCUCAUCUUCGUAUAUGACGAAGUCAGAAAACUCAUCAUCAGGCGACGCCCUGGCGGCUGGGUGGAGAAGGAAACCUACUAUUAGCCCCCCAUCCUGCACGCCGUGGAGCAUCAGGCCACACACUCUGCAUCCGUCAUCCACCCCCUCUUUGUGUACUUCAGUCUUGGAGUUUGGAACUCUACCCUGGUAGGAAAGCACCGCAGCAUGUGGGGAAGCAAGAUGUCCUGGAAUGAAGCAUGUAGCUCUAUGGGGGGAGGGGGGAGGGCUGCCUGAAAACCAUCCAUCUGUGGAAAUGACAGCGGGGAAGGUUUUUAUGUGCCUUUUUGUUUUUGUAAAAAAGGAACACCCGGAAAGACUGAAAGAAUACAUUUUAUAUCUGGAUUUUUACAAAUAAAGAUGGCUAUUAUAAUGGAA